CAACUGCAAUGCCUCAUGUUUUAUAACGAUUUUUUUGUAGCGAGCAAUGGUCCCAAGGAACAUCAGGCACAGCAGCAACAGGGAGGUGAUCAUGCUGGGGAUGAUUCAUCAUUUGAUUCAUGGAGAGGAGGGAAUAAUGCACAGCACCACUCCAACUAUCCUAUUGGCACUGGGGAACCGUAUCCCUACUAUGCCGGUACGUCCUUUCAAUACCAGACAUUCGGUGCUGGUGAUGGCACGUGGUCGAAUGGCACUGAAUCAGUAGCUUUUCUCUCCGGUUACGGUGGCCAAAUUAGCCACGACGCGUACGGUAUGGAUCAGAUGUUCUCCACUGGUGCGGGAGGCGGAUUUGGGGGCUUUGGACAGCCUGCAUUUACUAAUUAUUUUCCAGGCAAUGGCGAUUUCAAUGCAUGGGGGACAACUCCCCGCAAGGCUCGUUACGAGGAUUACUACCCCCAGCCCCGCAAUCAAGACGGCACGUAUCAAGCCAACGAUAUGAAGAACCUUGAGCAAACAGUCCAGGGUCUGUCCCUGGGUGAACUGCCGCGUCACGAUCAGAGUAUGUCUUCCACCCAAUCCUCGAAAUCCGAGCCCAAAGAGCAGCGUAAAAUCACGUGGGCAAGUGUAGCGAGUCAACCAGCCAAGCCAGUGCCCCCAGUGUCAGCGAAUCCUGGAAUGAAGAAAAAAGCUGGAAUGCCACCACCGCCAAUAGUCCCGGGCAAGCACAAUAUGGACAUUGGCACCUGGGGCGAGGGUAAAUCAUCAAUUCCACCACCACCCAAAGCUCCUCUCCCACCGCAAAUCCAGCUACCAGUCGCUGCCCCAGCUCCACCAAUCCAGAGACAACGACCAACACCACCACCGAGCUGGAAACACCCAGGUUCACCCUCAACACCUCCAACAAGUGUUGGAGCACCUCAGUCUAUUCCUCAGCCACUUCAGAGUUCUCAUCAUCAGGCUGGAUCUCCACACCAACAGCAGCAACAGCAACACCCGCAGCAACAGCAACAGCAGCCCCAGCAACAAGUGGUGCAUAAUCCACAAUCACAUCGUCCAAGUCACCAGGGGUCGCACCCCGGACAUUCUGGACAUCAAGGACACCAAGGUGGGCAUCAGGGACAUCAGGGACAUCUAGGGCAUCAGCCCCAUCAAUCUCAUGGACAUCAACAGUCCCAGAAUCAGUCACAAAAUCAGAAUCAGAACCAGAAUUUGAAUCAGAAUCAUCAGAAUCAGAACCAGCAUCAACACCAACACCAGCAGUCAACUACAUCACCACAUCAGCCUCAAUCCCACCAAUCCAAUCAAUACCAGUCUCAACAAAUACCAACAGCCAAUAUUUCUCAUCCAGUUUUAGAUGAAUUGAAAGUGAAGAAUGAUUAUAAUCCGAUUGAAUUUGACCAGACAGCACCAGGGGCUAAAUUCUUCGUUAUAAAAUCGUACUCUGAGGACGAUAUUCACAGGUCCAUCAAGUAUGAGAUCUGGUGCAGCACUGAGCACGGAAAUAAAAGGCUUGAUCAAGCUUAUAGAGAGGCUAUGAGAGAGGGAGCACCUCUCUACUUGUUCUUUUCGGUUAAUGGCUCUGGGCAUUUCUGUGGAAUGGCUCAGAUGGUUUCGUCAGUUGAUUAUCAGAGCAACAGCUCGGUGUGGUCACAGGAUAAGUGGAAGGGACAAUUCAGAGUGCGUUGGAUAUACGUAAAGGAUGUUCCCAAUGCGCAAUUGAGGCACAUUCGAUUAGAGAAUAAUGAGAAUAAGCCAGUUACAAAUUCUAGGGAUGCUCAGGAGGUGCCACAUGCUAGAGGUGUACAAGUAUUACGGAUUCUUCAUUCUUACCCCCAUUCUACGAGUAUUUUUGAUGAUUUUGGGCAUUAUGAGAGGAGACAAGCUGAGGAGGAUCAGAGGAAGGUGCCUGUGAUGGGAAUGCAUCAUCAGGCGCAUUCACCUCCACCUAUGGGGGGUCACAGGGGGAGAGUUCAUGGAGAGAUGGGGAGGCAUCAGCCACACCAUCAGGGACGAGAGUCACAUCAGCCUCAUCAUCGAGAACGUGAUGGUGGUCGUGGCAGAGGACGGGGUAUGCCACGUCAGUAGCGGUGGUUAACUCACUGGAUCAAUAAUUAUGUUAAUAAUGAAAAGAUGAGAUGAACGGCUAUGGGAAAGGUGGAGAGGAUAAAGGACCUAUUACUUAUUUACCCAAGAAUGAAAAACAAGUAAACUCUGCAUUCGUGAGCACAUAAUUUUUUGCCGGACAAAACAGCAAAUGAAACUCAAUGGGACUUUGAUUUUUUUUUUUAAAUGAAGAACACAACCGAUGGAGACAGAUGGAAUACAACUGAGCGAGGAAUAACUCACCAAUGAAGACAAAUGAUGAUAAAAAUUCAGCUUGAAAAUUAUUUUUCUCAGUAUGCAAAAACUAUUUGUUCAAUUGAUACAAAUGAUUAUUGAUUGAGUGUGUCCUUAAAAAUGAAUUUAAAAAAAACGAAUAAUAGACGCUUGAAGAGAAAAAAUAAUAAUCGCCACCCAGUGGACAAUUGAAAAUUCAGUGCCUGCGGCCUCACAAUGGGGAGGGGAAACUAUUAUGAAAAAAAAAAA